AUGCCAGCUGCAAGUAUACGUUUAGCAUUGGAAGAAAAGCGACGUGAACACGAAAAAAAACGUUAUUUGAAAACAAAUCAGAAUGAGUCAGAGCGUGCACAGAAACAGAAGGAUGCAUUCUUCACACUUAUGCAGCGUCUGGAAAAAGUACUCUUUUAUUUUGAUUUUGAAGGUGGUAAUGUCUUGGGUCAGGGUUCCGAUGCACGAUCACGUGCAGCAAGUGAAAUAGGUAGCUCUCAAACACACCAAUCAGAAGAAUUAUCUUUCUUGAAGGAAACUGUACAGGAUUUGAAGAAACGACUUCAAGAGAUGUCGGUACAGCAGGAGCAUUUAAGUCGUCAGGUGGACGAACAACGUCAGAUGACACAUGCCAUUUCUCAACCUGCUAUCCAUACAGAGUUUGGUUUGAUCAGUGACGCAAAUCACAUGCUCAAUGGUUCUUAUGCAACUCUGCCACAUAAUGCAGUAAAAUCGAUGCGUCAAGCACAGCAGCAUACUUACGCAACACCUUAUAUGACUCCUGUAGAACCACAGCUAUUCGGACAGUCUACAUCAGAUCAAAAUCAAACGUUCCCUAUGCAUACACUGCAGUUGCCCCUGAAUGGAUAUACCAAUCAACCAGACUAUCAGUCGACAGUGCCUGUGUAUGCAUCUCAGGUUGUUCAUGGUUCUCAACUAUCAACACCACAGUAUCAACUGAACCUGGAUGGUUCAUACGUUUUACAUUCACAGGAUACUAGUACACAUCCUGCUGUUGGCUCACCAUUUAUGCUUACUAAUGCUGUUGCUAAUUCCACUGCAGUUGCACACAAUACAUUUCGACUUCAUCGGAAUGAUGCAUCGUCGAGUCGUUUGGAUCCAUCGCUUGAAAUAAAUCGCAAUUUGACAAAUUGGGGUCUUACGUAUAAAGCGGGACAGGUGAUACGGCCACAAAGGCGUACUUGGGAAAAUAGAACAUUUACGAAAAGUGAAAUGGAUCUAUCGAAUCAACCUGAGUUCUUACCAGGCAUUCCUUCACAGCUACAAAGCCAGUCAUCGGAAGCAUCUGAAAAUAUAAAUGGUGUCAAAGGUGUGGAGUCCAUAUCCUUGCAUCAAAGGGAACCUAAUGUGCUGCAGCAUCUUCAGCAAACCGAUUUCGAUCCUUACAUCAAGCAGAAAGAAAAUGAUAAACCUGGGCAUCAGCAAAGCCCACCGAAAGAUCCCAUUUCAUCCACAAAUGCCGAUGUACCUCCUCUACCCAGAAAGCUUUCAUCUACGCGUGCUUCACAGUUCAUUGUUGAUGAUGCAGCCGAUAAACCUGUUAUCAGCGUGACUCCCGAAAUGGAAGCAAAACGUGAAGCUUUGUUAGCGAAAACUUUACGACGUCGUGAACAAAUUGAACAAAAAGUAGGGGAAAUUGAAGCUAAAAAUGCUGAACGUAGGCAAGCUGAAUUGGAAAGGCAGGAAGCUGCUGAACAACGGAAGCGUGAGCGUGAAUUACAAAGGCAGAGAAUAUUAGAUGAUUACAAGCGUAAAAAGAUGGAAAAAGAGUUGGAAAAUAUUGAACUGCCUAGUGGUCGAGGAUAUAACCAACUGUCUUUAGUACAGCGACCGAAAAGCACGAUGGAAGGAACGAAUCAUCGAAUAAAGCGUUCAGGUCGACCGCAAAGUAGCUUUGAAGAGAGUAGUGCACCAUCAUCAGCUCGUAUUCCUGUACCAAGUACUGCUGAACCAACACUAAAAUUGUUUUCGAAAUAUGUUCAUAAGUCUAAUCGAUCAAUGAUUAUAAAUGCUUUGCAAUAUUCGGUAUUCCCUGGAACUGUUUGGGAUAAGCAGCGUGCUGAAGUGCUUGGUGAACUGGCAAAAAGUGACAGUAAGCAUUUCCUUUUGCUAUUCCGGGAUCAAAAAUGUCGCUAUUUAGGCGCAUAUAGUUGGGAUCAGCAAUCAGAUACCGCACAUCGUAUUCAUGGAAGAGGCCCUAAUAUUUGUCAUGAGUCGAUGAUAAAUCUUAUGUUCAAGUAUGAUUCGGGGGCGAAGAAAUUUUCGCAGAUACCAACAAAGCAUCUUUCAGCCACAAUUGAUGGUUUUACAUUACAAGAUCAUUAUAUGCAGGUUCCAAAAAUUCCACACAGUAACAGCAUUAACAGGUAG